AUGGCCGCCACAACCCCAACCACGACCAGCGUUUGCCGCGCCCUGUGGCUGGCAGCGACCCUGGUCGCGAUCGUGUGGCACCAAUGGGUCGAUGGGUGCAUUCAGGCCAUUUGGGACGUCCUGCGAGCGUCCACCGUCGUGCGCCACGACACAUUCGAACCCACCGUCGCCGUCACCGCCUUCCUGGUUUCCUUCACGUUUUGGAAGGCGCUGGACUGCUGGCUGCCCGCUGGGCUUACCAAGCGCUGGCGGAUUGGCGAAUCGGACGAUAUGAGCACCUGGCAUCUCAGCAAAUGGUGGACCAGGCUUCUGCAAGAGCCAGUGUGGUACUUUGCGCCGAUCGCCAUUUUUGACAUUAUGUACCCAAGGCGCAACCUGCCAGAGAAGGCUCCUUCAAUCGAGAAGCUGGCCAUCGACAUCCUUGCGCCUCUGUUUAUAUACGAUUUUAUGUUCUUUUUUAUUCAUGUCACAUGCCACAAGGUCCGUUUCCUGUAUCGCAACAUCCAUGCCAAGCACCACAGUGAAAAAAUCAUGCGCGCUGGUGAAACCAUUAGGUUAAGCUUCUUCGAGCAGUGGGCUGAUGUGUCGUGCUCCAUUAUUGCUGUGAACGUUGCGCGCUGCCACCCAUUGUCAAGAGCAUUGUACAAUGGGAUCAUUGUCUACCUCCUGACUGAACUCCACUCAGGAUACGACAUGCCGUGGAUGCUGCAGAAUGUGGUGCCAUUCGGACUUUGGGCAGGGAGCCGUCGUCACUACGUUCACCACAGGGAUGGGCGCUUCUACUAUCAGAAAUUCUUUUGCUACCUUGAUGACUUUUUUGGAUUUGGUGAAGACGCCAGGGCAAGCAUCAGGACAGGGAAGGAGAACUGA